AACUUCCCUACCCUCUACUGUCCAUCGCACUACCGCAGUGUUCCCCCAGCUAAAACUCCAACCACUCAAACAAAUUAUCCCCUCGCCGCCGGAGAAGAUGGCGGCGGCUCUUGGUGCGGCGCAGUUGCUCCUCGGCAAGGUGCUCACGAAGCUCUCGGAUGAGCGUAUGGCCUCGUAUGUGGCUAGCUCCGAGCUUGGCCUCGACUCCCAGAAGAUCAAAGAUGACAUUAUGUACACGGUUGGCCUGCUGCAGCAGGCCCAGGGGAGGGGCACCAGCGACAUUCCUGGCCUCACGGACUUGCUGGUGAAGCUAAGCCAGAAGGCCGAUGAGGCUGAGAAAGUGCUGAACGAGCUCCGGUACUUCAUGAUCCGGGACCAGAUUAACGGCACCCAGCUAGUCAAGCCAGAUCUGGGCGCUUGCCUCAAGACCAAGAAAGGUCAUGCUCGUCACACUAUUGGUAACUGUCUGCCAUUCAUUUUUCGUCCAUGUACCAGUAGCCAACAAGAUGGAACCAUGUCUGAUGGCCAUGACCAUGUUGAUGAGUUGCCAUUUGAUAGUGUGUCCAUAUCCAUCAAAAUCAAGUCGGUGUUAGAGGAGACACACUCCAUAUGUGUUCAUGUCUCCGACUUGCUCAAGUUGAUUCCAAACCACGGCAGCAGCUCUACGACAGCCACAACUGUCACCCGCAUACGGCCUACUAGAGGAUCAAUGGUUGCACAGGAUACAAUGUAUGGUAGGCGGGACAUCUUUGAGAAAACUAUACAUGCCAUCACCAGUUGCGGCGAAAUCCUUUCUGUUCUCCCUGUAGUUGGGCCAGGGGGCAUUGGAAAAACAACUUUAAUCCAACACCUGUAUAAUGAUAAAAGGAUUGAAGAACACUUUGAUGUCAGAAUAUGGGUAUGUGUAUCAAUUGAUUUUGCUGUGCUUAAGCUCACCCGGGAGAUCUUUAGAUGCAUAAUUGCAACUGAAGAAGAAGGAAGAAAUAGUGCUCCCAGUGAAACAGCCAGUAUAGAACAGCUUCAGGAGUCUAUUGCACAGAGGCUCCAGUCCAAAAGGUUUUUAAUUGUUCUGGAUGAUGUGUGGCAACUCAAUAGUGAAGAUGAGUGGCAUACCCUAUUAGCUCCAUUCAAAAAGGGAGGAGCCAAGGGCAACAUGGUACUUGUCACAACCCGGUUCCCAUCUAUAGCAGGCAGGGUGAAGACAGUUGAUCCAGUCGAGCUGCAAGGUUUAGACACUGAUGAUUUCUUCGCAUUCUUUGAAGAGUGUAUAUUUGGUGGACUCGAUAAGCCUAUGCAUUACAGAGAUGAGUUAACUGAUAUUGCAAGAGAUAUUGUAGAUAAGUUAAAGGGUUCACCUUUAGCAGCCAAAACAGUCGGCCGCCUAUUAAGGAAAGACCUAUCCUGGGAACACUGGACAAGAGUUCUUGAAAGCAUGGAAUGGGAAAAUAAGCAGAGCGAUAAUGAUACUAUGCCAGCUUUGUACCUUAGCUACGAUUACCUCCCUUUCCUCCUGCAAAAAUGUUUUUCCUAUCUUUCUCUUUUUCCUGAAGAUCAUAGGUUUAGUCAUUCAGAAAUUAAUCGCUUUUGGAUUGCAGUAGGCAUCAUAGACUCUAAUCAUCCAGGAAAUAACAAUUGCUUGGAAGAACUAGUGGACCGUGGUUUUCUUAGGAGGGUACAUGGUUUGUUUGGUGAAGAAUACUAUGUAAUCCAUGAUUUACUGCAUGAACUAUCUCGAAGUGUUUCAACACAAGAAUGCCUCAAUAUAAGUGUUUUAGAUUUUAAAGCUGACACAGUCCCACCAUCUAUUCAACACUUAUCUAUCACCCUAGAAAAUAAAUAUGAUGGAAUUUUUUUGGAAGAAAUAAGUAAACUGAAAAUAAAGAUAGACAUUGCAAAUUUACGGACUUUAAUGAUUUUUAGUGCAUAUGAAGAAAGAAUUGCUGGUAUUUUAAAAGAUACGUUUGAGGAAGUAGAUAGUCUGCAUGUCCUAUUUAUAGUUGUGAAAUCCCUGGAUGAUUUGCCAAAAGGCUUUUCAAAACUUAUCCACCUCCAGUACCUCAAACUUGGAUCACCUAUUGGCAUAGAAAUGGCAUUACCUAGCACACUGGCCAGAUUUUAUCACUUGAAAUUCUUAGACCUAAAAGAUUGGCAUGGUAGUUCUAAUGUUCCUAAAGACAUUAGUCACCUUGUGAAUUUGCAAGACUUCAUUGCUAAAAAAGAACUCCACUCCAGUGUUCUUGAGGUUGGAAAGAUGAAGUACCUACGGGAACUAAAACAAUUCUGUGUUAAGAAAGAGAGUGUUGGGUUUGAAUUAAGAGAGCUAGGGGAACUGACAGAGCUUGGGGGAGAACUCAGAAUAUGUAACCUUGAAAACGUGGCAACCAAGGAAGAAGCUAGUGAGGCCAAACUGAUGUCGAAAAGGAAUCUGAAGAAGCUGACAUUGGUUUGGGGCAGAAAACAAUCGACUAUAGAUGGUGAUGUUCUUGAUGCUCUUCAACCGCAUCCUGAUCUUAGAGAGCUUCGAAUUGCAAAUCAUGGUGGUGCUGUUGGUCCCAGUUGGUUGUGUGUUGACAUGUUGCUGAAACAGUUAGGUGUUCUCCAUCUCGAAGGUUUGUCUUGGGACACUCUUCCACCUUUUGGGCAGCUACCACGCCUCACUAAACUCAUUUUGAUGAGGAUUUCUGGAGUGCAUCAGUUGGCUCUGCUCUCAAACCUCACGUCUCUCACCCAUCUGACACUGCAAGAUUGUGUCAAGUUAACAGUGGAUGGAUUCAAUCCUCUUACCACAGUCAACCUUAAGGUAUUGGUGGUAUUUAACUGCCGAUGGGACAGAAGUUGUCCCGAAUCUGUAGCAGCGGAUCUUCUCACAAAGGUGGCAAGUAGCAGAGUAAUGCCUGCAGGUUCCUUCCGAUUAGAACAGCUCAAGGUGGACAGCAUCUCGGCAGUGCUUGUCACUCCCAUCUGCAACCUUGUCGCCCAUACCCUCCAGACUCUGAUAUUCUGCCAUGAUCACCGGAUCAAGAGUUUCACAGAAGAGCAAGAGAAGGCGCUUCUGCUCCUCACAUCACUCCGACACCUCACAUUUGAUGGUUGUGGGGCUCUGCAGUCCCUCCCGAGAGGGUUGAAUCGCCUUUCUUCACUCAAAGACUUAGAGGUCCUCUGGUGCCCUGAAAUGGGAUCCAUACCCAAGGAGGGGUUCCCAGUUUCGCUCGAAAUCCUACGCAUAAGACCUUGCAGCCCCGAGGUUAGGGAGCAAAUUGAGAAACUCAGAAGAACAAGCCCAGGUUUAUCUGUACGAUACGAGUAACCCGAGCCUAGUAUGCUCUGCUCCAACAUGCUUGCGAUGUGUACAGAAGUUGUGAAUCCGAAAGGCUGUCAGGCGCCAUAAAUCAACAUUUGCACAAAUCAGCUGGCUUUGUAGCUCUUGUUCAGUCACAGACUACAGCGCAUUUACUUUUGGAAUUUGGAGACUAAGGUGACACCAUAUGGACCUAGAGGACUGGGACCUUACGAAUAAUGGAACAUUAGCGGACAAAUGCAACCAACUCUCCAUUCUGCAAUGAAGUGUGGAAGACUUGAAAAAGUACAUUCUACAAUCUUCUUCCAGGACUGGAAGCACACAAUCUUCUGUUGCGAAGUGUACAGAAGUUGUGAAAUCUGUAUUUGCACACAAAUCACCUGCUUGCCAUUAUCUCACAGGGACUGUAAAUUUCUUCGACGGGCUUUGUUGCUUUUGUUCAGUCACAGACUACAGUGCGGUUAUUUUUGGAAUUUGAAUAGAGCGGCUACAUGCUAAAUUGGAAGACUAAGGUGACAACAUAUGGACCUAGAGGACUGGAAGCAGACCUUAUGAAUAAUGGACAUUUGCGACCGCAGACGUAACCAAGUAUCGAUUCUGCAAUGUUGGGCUGCUAUGGGCACUUUCUUCACUCCUUCUCUGCUGUUAGGUUUGACUUUGAUGAUUGGUGCCAUCACCAUCAUGGCGCAUACUAUGUAUGCAAUUUUCCACAUCAUACUUUAGCUCUCAAUGCCAAAUAAACCAGAGGAACUAAGGCCGGAAUCAUGGAAUUGUGCUUGCAUGUUUUUUCACACCAAUAUGUCAACAGUAAAACCGCAACGGCCAAUACAGUUGGCAUUAUUAACCGUGAAGCAGAGUCCCUGCGGGAGGAUCAACCACACCUGAACAUUCUGAAUUGUAGAAUGGCACCCUGCUCUAUGUCCAGGCUGCUUGUAAUGAAGCAUUGCUUGACGCACAACUUUGCCAUUUUGUUGGCACAUAGAAGUUCAAGCACCUUGCAUUUGUAGCAGAGAAGAUAUCUAGCUGGUGGUGAAUUUCUCAGGAUGGUGUGAAAGGCAUGGUAGCUUUUUGUUCCGUCUUGGACUACAGCGCCCUUACUUUCAGAAUUGCAGCAUAUUGCAGUUUGCAUAUCGCGGGGGCAUGCUCAAUUUGAAGGCCAAGGUGACACCAGAUGGACCUGGAGAGCUGGAAGCAGAGCUUUCAAUUUGUGAACAAUGGAACAUUAGAGGACACCAGAUACAGCCAAUUCUCAGUUCCUGUGAUAGCUGCCAGGCAUUGCUAUUAUCCUUCUACAUUUUGUCACAUGCACAUCUUCAGCAGCAAAAUUCGAAAGAGUCAAUGCAGUUGGCAUCAGUCAACCUCAACCUCAAGCCCCAGAUAUAGAACACAUGUAGCAGAGCACCUAUAUUAGCUAAUGGUGUAGCUCUUCUACAGGGUACUACAAAUGUAAUUCUUCUACCGUGAGAUUCUUUCUGCAUUCGUGGAUUAAAGCGGAAGCUUCCUGAAACUAUGGGGGUCCAGUCCUGCUAAACAAUAUAUGUUCCGCCAGGAGGCAACAUAAGUUGCAGCUAUCUUCUCACAAAUUCUGCCACCAGCUUUUGGAAUAUUGAUUUCACUGGCACCAUUUAAAAAAAGUUCAGAGAAAUCAAGCGCCUCCACCAGGAGCGGCUGUCCCUAGGAUUGUGCGAUUCUGCAGACAUUCUGAAGAUCAGAACGGUACCCUGGUCUGCUUUUGUGACUCCAGUCUGCGGUUCCUUUCAGUUUGCCCCCUGCAGACAAACACCUGCACAGAGGGGUUCAGAGGAUGAUUCAAAGGUGCAGUCCAUGCUCAAUCUUUUCUUGUUCACCACUGAGCCAGUUGAGCACAGACAGUUGGCAUGAUCUAUUGCCGGCUGCAUCGCUGCAGCCCUCGCUGUAGGAGCUUCCUCAGCCAUAUUGACAAGGUGAUGGCGCUGCACUCAGGAGAGCAGGGAAGUGCGGAUAAAAAUUCCCAAAGAGCACAAUGUUCAGUUCUGCCUGAUGUUCCCUGCUGGUGUUUGCGUCAUCACAUGUACAUAUCUGGUCCUCCUGCUCGCACUUACAAAGGCAAGACAGGUCCUCAUGAAGUACAAGCCAAUCAUGCUAUCUGCUCGGUCUGCUCCAUGAUUUUUCGGGUGUACCACCUAAUCCUCAUAUUCAUCAGACUUCCUGGCAUGGGUCAUCAAUCACAUUGGUGAGUAUCGUCGCACGGUUGGCUUGCGGCGGCGCGCAAUGCUUUUUUAACUAGGACACCAUCUUCUGCCCUAAAUCCCGUGCGGGGCUCGUGAUUUCUACUACUCAAAUUGGUUGUGCCUUGUUUCAUAUUUAAUUCAUGUAGAAUGUAAUCAGUGAUUUGGGUGGGACAAAUUGUAAGGUUCACUCAUUUGAUUACUUCUAGUAAAAAUAGGCUAGGCAGGCCAAUCCAUGGGAAAAGGACCGAACCAAUUAAUCUUGACUCAACUAGUCAGCAAUUUUGUAAGAUUGAGGCAAAUCCCACCGGACAAAGACCGAACCAAUCAAUCUUGAACCAUAUUAUGAUAAUA